UAGUUCAUAUAUCCAAACAAGAAGGACACUCUAAAGCAUUAGAGGGAUAGUAUAUUUAGAAGGUUGUUGUUUCUGAUGGCUGGCCAGAAAGUGACCAUUGAUUUUGUAGAUGUAAGGUACUUAGCUGUAUGGGUAACUUGUCAUGUGCCUCCAGCCAUCUGAGUCUGAUGUGUCACCUAUACAACUAAGUGCCUUAUAGGUACAAAAUCAGUGGUCACUCUCUGACCAGCCAUAACAAAGAACCUUCUAUAUAUAUGUGGAUAUAUGCAGAUGCACAUGUGUACACACACUUGAUUAUGUAUGUGUAUAUUCAUAAAUGAAUGCAUGUAUAUAUGAUGUUUAUAUUUGUAUGUGAAUGUGUAUAUAUUUUUGUUUUUAUUUUUAUUUAUUUAUGUUGUCCAUAAAUAAAUGGUGGAAUCAUUGUAGACUUACUUAGAUUGGUGAGGUGAAUGCAUUAAUGUGACUGAUAUUCACCACGAACUUCUGCAGUCGAUACUUGUAGGCAGGGAGGGGAUUCCUGGAAGGCUGUAGCUCUGGGAAGAACCGUUUUGGUGGUUAGUGAGAGAGAAAAAAGCAUUCAAAGUGAUAACGAAGUUUGUUGACAACUGUUUCCAUCCAGCUUUUGGUAUGAUAGAAAAUAGUAUGAUAUAUGAGUAGUUGUCAAAAUCAGAGAAGUUGGUUGUCCUUAUAGGUAGGACAUAUUGUCCUAUUUCCAUAAAUUGGGAGUAAAUAGCUGUAAAGUGAGAAGAUGUAUGAAGAAUUUGGUAAAAAUAGCCAUUGUCAAUGUUGCUUGUAUUCCAUGUACUUGAAGGUGAAAUUGAAUACUUUUAAGAAAUUAAUCAUAUAAGUUAAUAGUAAAAUCUUCAGUAAAACACUUAAAAUAUGGUUUGUAUUUGCUUAAACAGUCGAUACAGUAUUUAAGCAAUGGCUACUCACAUGGAUAAGCAUAUGCUAUACAAAAACAAAAAAAUGGCAAAAUUUGCACCCCAAGCAAAUUUCUACACAUUCUCACAACUAAAGCCUAGGUGGAACGUUGGUUGUCAGAUCUGUUUUUCGAUGUGGGUGACAUCCUAGUAAGUGAUCAUUGUUGGACUUCUUCAGAUGCUGUCGGCAGAGUUCGUUGUUGGUGCAGCUGCAUUGAUUCUGUAUUUGAACUACUCUUGUAGGAAGUUGUGAGCUUUGGCUGUAUGAAGGGUCUUAGAGAUUAUACCUAGGAGAAGGUUUGCGUUAGUCUGUCUGUCUAUCUGUCUUGCUCUAUAUACAUAAUAUCUCUGUCUAUCUGGCUGGCUGUUUCUCUCUCUCUUGCUCUCUCUCUCUCUCUGUUGUCUUGACUGCAUCAAAGGGAAGCACAUGUUUACUGCCAAGGGAAGUCAGUGUGACACUGCUAGGUCUACAACAAGAUUGUUAGUUGACAAAAUGUACUGGAGGCAGGGCUGAUGUGUGAUAAGAUAGUGUGAAAGGGAUUGCCUUGAUUAGGCAGUGAUCAGAUGAUCUUCUUAAUGAGAGAAGAGUCUGUGUUGGCAGGGUAAAAAAAAAGGUUUGGGUUUAGAGGUGAGAAAAGAGUUAAUGUAUAUGACGAGUUGGUGGCUUGGCCUCAAUUACGGGUACAUGAGGAGACUAAGUUGUACAGACAGUUCAGUUAAAGGUGGAAAAUGAUUUGUCUUCCACACCAGUAUUGAUGGUGUGGAAAGAGUGGAGAGAAUUGGAGAAGAAAAGAAGUUGUGUGCAUUUAAAUCACUAACAAGGAUGACUUCAGGCAGAAUUGUGUGCACACUGGUAUUUUCGAUGCAGGUUGGUCAAAUAACUGCUAUUGGCUGUGAAAGAUUGGAGAGCGGUAUUGACUAUAAAUACACUUAGAAGUCUUGAGUAGAGAGAGACUUCUGAGCAACUGGAAGUCUUUAUCAUUGAUAUCCAUGCAAGAGAGACGUGAGCAAUGGAGAGACUGGAUCCUUCUUAAGAGCAGACAUAGCACUUAGGACAGCAGCAGCUGAAAUACAGGGUGGACGAGAAAGAUGUAUUAGCAGAGAGCUGAGAUAACAGACUUAUGUAUGUAGUGGGAAGGGGUGCCAAUCACUACCUGGAAAGAAAAAUAUAUGUAUCUGUGUAUGCAACAAUACAUGUACGUUUUAGCCUGUGUGUGGUUAUGUGAUUGUGUCUGUGCAUGUAUGUAUCUAUAAUCAGAUAUAUUUUUACAUAGAGCUUGCACUAAAGUGCAUUCCUGCUAUUAGCCAGGGACAGGAGAUCAUAAUGAUUUAGACACAUUUCAACAAUAUUGCGUUCUUCAAUAAUAUAGAGCAAUAUUCAUGCUGCCAGGGAUAUACAGGUUCUUUUGUUUCACAUUGUAUGCAUAUACAAACAUAUAUAUAUACACAUGUUAUAUAAUAUACAAUUCAAUGUAUAAAACAUGACAGUAAUUUCAAGUAUAUAUAUGUAUAUAUAUAUAUAAAUGUAUGUAUGUAUGUAUGUAUGUAUGUACAUACAUAUAUAAUUUAGAAAAAUAUCAUGCUCCACACUUUCUUUAAAUUUUAUAAAAAAACAUAAUUGAUUGUUCUUUGUGUUAAUUAAUCUCAAACACAAAUUUAUUGGGCUGGAAAUUACAGGAAUUUGUGACGUUCAUUUGUUUUUUUACAAGUGUUGAUAAGACUAAUAUAAAUUAAAGUUAAUUGAUUUCAGGCUUUAAUCAAAAUCAGCUUAUAUACUCUUAGUUUGCUAUACAUCUGUAUUAUGUCUAAUAGAGAAUGCCUAUAAAUGCUGAUUUACUGCAAAUGUUCUUGUUUUUCAUUUCAAAUUUAAUGUUGUUUCAAUAUUUAUCAAAUCUGUUCUUGAACUUGUUGGUUAUCUUUGAAUGAACAACUUUCCUUGAUACUUUGUAUUUGAGAUAGAUUUUCUAUCAUAUUAGUUUGUUAUUUUAUUGUGUUACUUCAUAUGUAAGUCUAUAGAGUGAUUUUGAUUGGACGUGCAUUGAGAAGGUCAACUAUACUGCUGGCCAUCCUUUUUGAAUCACGAAAACCAACCUACAGAAUCUUACUGUGUUGGAGGACACAGAAGACAAAUUUGACAAUUUAAUUCUGAGAUAGAUGCAAUAACCUUGUUAUUGAUAAGGACCAAUGGCAAAAGUAGAUUGGCUGGUGUUCAGCACACUACAUCUCUUACAUUGUGUUUUUUUUUUAUUAUUUUGGAAAUGGAAGAAUAAGAAGACACUAUUUGUUACAUCCAGAGUCAGAAAACUCCUAAUUGUUGCUACAUGCUCUUGUCUGUUGUCUUAUCACUUAACAGUUAUUUUAAUUGAUUCAAUAGAAGAGGUUUUUGUCUAAGGUAAUCUUUGUCUUGAAGUAACAUCACAGCUAAUACUAUAAACAGCCAUAUCAUAUUAUUACUUACAAUGAUGGUAUAUGUUUAAAAGUUUAGUUUUGGAUGUAUAUAUUAGCCUGAUAUGAAAUGAAACAGCUAGACAGGUUCCAUCUGAUAUCAAAGCUUGGACUUUUUUAAAGUUUUUGUUUUCAACUCGAUGCAAGUAAUGAAACUCGUCACUUAGUGUUUUCAAAAACAGCAAUGUUUUUCUCACAAACAAACUGGUAAUUAAUAAAUAGUUCGUUAAGUAAAUGAAACAGUGUGGCAGCAAUUUUUCUUUCAAAAUGUCUCAAUUAAUUUAUAACUUAUAGAAAUUCUUUGAUGUAUAUUUAAAAAAAAAAAGCUUUAUAUUAUUACGUUUAUGAAUAUGCAUAAAACACAUAAAUAUAUAUAUAUACACAAACAUUAUCCCUGUUUGUGUGUGUGUGUGUGCAUUACAUAAAUUAUUAUUAUUAUUAUUGUUUGUCCUGUCAUGUCUGAAAUUGAAACUGUUGUGUAGCUUCAAUGCACUUAUCGCAUUCAUUGUAUAAUUUUCUUUAUGUCAGCUUGCCUCUCCACAACUGUAGCUUCACCUUUACAAUGAUUAAUGCCAAAAUAAUCGAAAUCUUGCUCGAUCAUUUUUUUUUCAGCUGAUUUGAGUCCCAAUGUUUGUAUAUUGCAAAUAUUAGUGAGCUGUACAAUAUAGCUCUAAUUUUCAAAUCUGUAACUGAAAUAACAUUUUCUGCAAACUGAGUUGAAGCUGUGGUGGCCCUCACUGUAACCAUAAAGUGUAAAGCAAACCAAGCAGUUGAGAACUACCGAUACAAACUAUGGCCAUUGGCAAAUGUUCAUCUUAUAUUUAAUACAGUCAAGAGAGAUAUAACAGUUACAGUUAUCUGAAGUGCUCAUGAUCUUGAAUAUUUGCACGCUUGAUACAUAGUCCUUCUGAAUAAGAUUAAAGAUUUCUCAAUGACAGCUGAAGUGGAAAUGUAUUAAGCCAAUAGCUCUCACUGCAGUUUGUAAUCUAAAGCCUUUGCUAUAUGGUAAGAAGUUAGGCCACUUGAAACUUGAAUUUGACAUUAAUAGAAAGAUUUUAAUUGUCUCAUACAUGACUACAUAACUUUCAAAAAGGUAAUACAUGCCUCUGUCUUUCAUAUACAUGUAACUAUCUCAUUAUUCAGAAUUCUUGACCUGAUGAUGGCGUUUCUAUGUAACAUAAAGCUGUUCAUGGUAUACAGGUCUUAUCUUGUACUGUCAUCGAUAGCUUUCUCCAGGCUUAUAUGUAUUUCAAACUCAGUAAGUUAUAAUAAAACAAAUUAUGCGGUUCUUAAGGUUCCUUCUUUGAGUGAGCACUGACAUUGUAACAGCAUCAUAGAUAAGCUUCAUGGUUAGCACCCUCAAGGCUAUCUUUUUUUUAUCUGCAGUACCUUGAAAGGCAAAACUACCCAUCUCAUUCCUAUUAUUGUGAAAAAUAUGUACAUAUAUAUAAGGAAAAUGUUUGGAUAUGUAUAGAUUUAUGCAUAGAAUUUUUACAUAUGUUUUUUAACAGCAAAAUUAUUAGAGAACGAGUCAUAAAAUAUAAGUAAAAACUUGGUGUCUAACAUGUUUUCUUACAUAUGUUUCUAAAUUUUAUAUGUAAGAAAAUUGUGUGUUUGUAUGUGUGCACGUGUAUGUUUGUGCGUGUGCAUGUAUGCAUGUAUAUAUCUGUAUACACACAUAAACAUAUGGAUAACAGAAUAGAGACCCCAAGACAAAAGACUUUUUGGUGUUUAGUUACAUCUAAAAUUUAAUCACUCAAAAUUCUACAUUCAUCCCACCAAGGUCAACAAAAUAAGUUCUUGGGUUGGUGUAAUUGAGUAUACCCUUAAAAGCCGCACCCCAAAGCAUUAUUUCAGUCACCAAUGAUUGAAGUUAGCAAAAGAAAUAAAGAAUAGAUGUUUAUUAUGGAUGCUUGCAUAAAUGUAUACAUGUGAGCGUAUGUGUACAAGGGGACCCUGACAGUUAUUGUAUAUGUGUAGUCAAUUUAUCCUCUUUUAAAUUUGUUAAAUAUAUCAUUAUUUUUUUUUCUUUAAAAUAGAGAUACAAGAUUAAAUAUCGCAACUGUUGUUUUACAAGCUCCACAAUUAAUGUGAUGUACAACUAAUAGUAAGUCAAAAAAAAUAAACGAAAAAGAAUAGAAGAAAGCUGUCAAGUGAUAAGGUAAUCCAAGGAACCAUAAGGAGUUUUUAAAAUAUUAAACAAAACAAUACAACACUCACAAAAAAAAAACAUAAUGGACUACUGAAAAAAAAUGAAACAAAAGUCUUCUACAAUACUAAGAGUGAAAUCAAUAAAUGAUUCUAGUUGUAUUGAUCACUGAAAGAGAAAUGUGAUUCUGUUAUUUUACAAGCAAUUCUUCACUGAAAUGCAAUGAUUAACCUGAUUUAUUCAUAUUACACUCAGAUUUGAGAACAUAAUGAAGAGAAAGUUCUUAAAUAAGUAGAUUCUGUAACAUAAAUGUCAGUUAACAAAAACAAGCAAAUACUUUGACUAGACACUCUCUUGCCUUUAUUGUUAUUAUUAUUGUUGUUGUUGUUGUUGUUUUGAUGUGUGCUGUUUUUGUUAUCUGUUAUCAGCUUCACUACCAGAAUAACGCUAAUAAUGAUAAAAAUAAUAAUAAUAAUAAUAAUAAUGAUAAUAAUACAUUCUAAAACUUGGGUGAAAACAAAAUGGAGUUUGAAGAACUUUCGAAGUCUAAAGGAAGAUGUGGAGAUUGAGAGAGAUUGAAGAAGGUGGAAUAUAGACACAAGAACAGUCCCAGUUAAUUCAGGAGUGUUAUUAUUUGUGGAACAGAGUACAAAAAUGUCAUCUGAAAAUCAAACUGUCGGGAAAAAUCUUCCAUAGGUGAGGUUUAGAAUAUAUCUCUCCAAGGAAAUUCCCACAUUCUUAAAAUCAAAUUAAUUUUAGAAUUACAGUAAGGCUCCAGCAAAAUAAAUUAUGUUUACCAUUAAUAAGACAACAAUAAAUAGGACAAUUGUAAUGACUGAAAAUAAUGGUAAAGAAUCAGACUAAAUAUUUGAUGAUAUCUAGUUCAGAGUCUCUAGGUUCAAAUUGCAUCCAAGUUUGACUACUUUCCAUUCUUCCAAAAGUGAGAAAAUAUAUAUCAGUAAGAUAGUGUGAUUGAUUCCAUUUAUUGACCCACCACCACCACCACUACCACCACCACUACCGCCAUCACUACUUUGUUUCAAAUUUUUAAAAUCAAAAAUACCACCAUCGUUAUUUUUGUUAUUGUUGUUGUUAUUAUUAUCAUAACUAUUAUAAAUGGUUUGGUUGGUUGGUUGAUAGUAUAAUUAAAAUACCUUGAAGUAUUUCCUUUUGGUCCUUUAUGUUUUGAGUUUAAACCCUACCAAAGUCAAGUUUGCCUUUCAUCCUUCCUGAGUUGAAAAUAUUUAGUGCACCAGUUAAACACUUGCCCAAAAUCUCUGGCCUUGUACUUUUAUUGGAAGUGAUUAUUUAUUAAUUUUACCUAAAAAAAAAGAAAUUAAGUUUCAAGCAUUUCAUUUUGCAUUUUGUCUUACAUGAGCAAAAUCUAUUUGUCAAUGAAUUCAAUCUUGGCUAUAAUUGCCUGUAAGAAACUGAGGAACUCUGUUUCGUUGAUAUGUGAGCUUCCCCACAAUCAUUAUUUGAGUAGAGUUUUAAACUAUAAUUCAACUUCUGGUUGCUAGUUGCAAUUGCAGAGAUAUUGAUGCAGGUUUUCUCCACCCUCAUCCCCACAAUGUGAUCAGUAAACAGCUAGCUAUUGGCUGCUAAAUAACAUGAUACUUUAUACCAGAUCUAUAGUAUUUUAUUUGUGCUGUUCCUCACCAUCUCUCUCUUUCUCUUCUUUCUCUUCAUAUUUCAACCCCUCUAUCUAUCUUUCUUUUCCUUUUUUUCCUUUCAUUCUAACAUUCCCAUCUCCAAACACAGAUCAAAGGGCUUAGUACUGCUAGUGCAAGCUACUACAGCAGUAACGGCACAACAUAAAUAUAAGAUCUACAGCUGUCACAAAAGGAAAAUUAUCAUAAAAUGAACAUGAAACUACCAGCAGAACACUGGGGAAAUUUUCAGUAUCACCAAAGACAAAAAUAAAACGAAUUAAGGAAUCUGUCAACCACUGUUGUGAUGUGUAAAGAUAUAUAGGUAUAUAUAUUUGCAAUAUAAAUAUAGAAUGUGAUAAACUGUUAAUAACCAUUCACUUCAAAAUACCAUUAACUUCUCGUCCUUGUGAUGUUAUUAACUGGAAAAGAUAUACAAAUAUUCUGUAUUCUUCCUCGAACUGAAUAAUUUGCAGUUGUUAUUAGUUUCAUUUGUCACUAUAACAACUUCCUCUGUUCAUAGCAUUUGUUUGACUAGUAUUACAGGUGACUGGGCAGGCAAAAACACUUAAGUCAGCUUAUAGCUAAGGUUUAUUUAUUUAUCUUUUUUUGUUAAUAUUUAACAACUUGAAUUCAAAAAUCAAAGGAAUUUAGUUGAAAUUAUGUUUGCACUUUUCUGUACAAUAUUGUUAUAUCUAUACAGUUACUGUUUGAGUGUUGAUUUUACAUACCACAUUAAGGAGGGAAAUAUGCCAAUUUCAUAUAUUGGAGACAUUGCAGUUGAUACACAUAUGAUAGAAAAGAUUAAAUCUGAGGAACGUCAUUUAAUCAGAUUCAAUCAGCUACAAAAAGACAAAGAAAAUGUCUCGCAAUUGUUCAAUAUCUCAAAAGAUGGGAAAUUCUAUGUAAUCCAAACUCUAGAUGCAGAAACACUUUGUAAAUAUAAAAAAAUGUGUUUCAGAAUGGUAGAUGUUGCCAUGCAGAAGAGAGAAAUAUUUGUUCGAAUUUUAGAGAUCAAAGUAGUUGUGGAAGACAUCAAUGAUCAUCAACCUGUGUUUCCAGUAAAACAAAUAACUCUUGAGUUUUCUGAAGGGGAUAAAAAAGGAACUACUUUAUCAAUUCCAAAUGCCAUUGAUGAAGACAUCAGUGAAGAAAAUUCCAGGAUAACAUAUAAGUUAUUGUCUAAUAAUAAGGUGCCUUUCAUAAUGGUUGUUUCUGAAAGAGUAGAUGGUUCAUAUUCAGUUGGGAUAACUUUAGAAACUGAAUUAGAUAGAGAAGUGGAAGAUCAUUAUUCUUUUCAAGUAAUUGCUAAGGAUGGAGGAAAGCCAUCUAAACAUGGUAUCUUAAAAGUUUAUAUAUCUGUCUUAGAUAUAAAUGAUAAUUUACCACUUUUUUCUCAAGAUGUUUAUAAUAUAUCUAUUAAUUGUAAAUAUCAAAUAAAUAAACCAGUCAUUGAUUUAGAUGCAGAGGAUCUUGAUGCUGGUGAAAAUGGUAAGGUUAUAUAUCACUUCAGCUCAAAAACUUCAGAAAUGACAAAAUUACAUUUUCAGUUAAAUGAAAAAACUGGGGAAAUAUUUCUUUGUGAAAAUUUCCCUUUCGAGAAGCGUCAAACAUAUGAAUUGUACGUUGAAGCUUCAGAUGGAGGGAACCCUCCUCUGUCUUCUAUGACUAUGAUACUUGUCAAUGUUGUCAACCAGCGAAAUAAUCCUCCCGUCAUUGAUAUGAAUUUCGUUUCCAAAUCAUCUAACAAUAUGGCGACCAUAUUAGAAAAUACUAAAAUUGGUAGUUUUAUUGCAUAUGUAAAGAUUUCUGAUACUGAUACUGGACAAAAUGGAAAAGUUACCUGCACUCUCCAGCAUGAUAAAUUUCAGCUUCAAAAUCUAGGUGAGAAAAAAUACAAAGUGGUUUUGAAAAGUCUCGCUGAUAAGGAAAAAGAAAGUCAUAUUACUUUUAAAGUGAUUUGUGAAGACAAUGGGUUACCACGUUUGAGAACAGAGAGAGAGUUCUCUGUUUUAGUAAUUGAUAUUAAUGAUGUAAUACCACAGUUUAACAAAGAAACCUACAAAUUCUUGAUAUAUGAGAAUGAAGAAUCUAAUUUUCCAGUAGGAUUUGUCAAUGCAACUGACCCAGAUAUGGGACUGGGUGGACAGUUAACAUUUUCCUUGUUUUCGAAAAAUAAUCUUGCUCUUCCCUUUCAAAUAACAAACUAUGGAUUUAUAUCAACCACAGAAUCACUUGACCGUGAACAAAAAGAUAUAUAUAUCUUUCAGGUUUUAGUUAAAGACAGUGGGACUCCAAGACUAAAUAAUACUGUUGAUGUUAUUGUUGAAGUUAUGGAUAAGAAUGAUAAUGCUCCAUACUUUACUUUCCCUAGUGUUAACCCUUUCAGUCUAGAUAUCUAUUUCCAGUCCCACAAUAACAAUGAUAUCACUAAGUUAAAAGCAUAUGACAAAGACAGUAAAGAGAAUGCAUUUCUUAAAUAUGAAAUAUUAGAAGGGAAUGAGAAAGAAUUAUUCACAAUGAACUGUUAUACAGGGAUAUUAUCUUUUUCCCGAAAUGUUUACCGAAAUGAGGCAGGAGUGUAUAAUCUUCUAUUUGUUGUCAAAGACAAUGGGAUUCCAAUCCUCUCUACAACCACCUCUCUAUCUUUAACUCUAGUUGCUAGCAAUAAUACAUUCCCCUUGUUGGCAAUAGCAACCAAUGAGUUAGAUUUCAAAAUUCAAAUGAAUUUAUUUCUUAUGAUCAUAGCAGCAGCAGUGUCAGGUUCUGUAAUAAUGGUUAUUUCAAUAACAAUAUGUGUUGUAAAGAAAAGCAACAAUAUAAUGACUUCUAGUAAACAGAGAAUCAAUCCUUCAGACAAAAUCUUCAGUGUUGAUAGAGAAACGCAAAAUACUUCUGAACAAAUAUCUUAUAAUCCUCCAUUGCUCAGAGAAGAGACUCAACAAAACAGCUUACUCCAACUUCAAGAGGAGAAAGAGCAAUAUUUGUCCAAUUAUAAAGUGACACUGAAUGGAAAAAAUUUAAAUAGCAGAAUUCCAUACCAAGCAACUAGCAAGGAAAUACACCAGAUAUAUGUUCAAAAUGCUCACAGACCUGCCAGUCAUAGAAAAGAUGAAGAAGACUUUCGGUGUUCUUUUUACAAUUACCGACAAAUGACAGCAAAAUCUCAGAAUGACUGUGAAUUCACUGAGAAAAUGGGAUCACAUUAUGAAGAACUAUCAGGUCUUCAUCCUCACCAAAAUGACUUCCAGGAAGCCUCAACAAGUCAGUUCCAAGUUUGUGCUAGUUCUGGCACCAAUUCUUCAUAUCAGACAGGAAAUUUCAACACCACUGGACGCACUAAUGUUACUUCGUUACAUGCACAGUCUUUAAUUAGAACUAAUAACCUAAGCACAACAAUUCUCACACAGACAUUACCAACAAAAUGUGGCUUUUCUUCCUUUAGCAAGCCACUGCCUGCUUUACCAAAGACAGCAUCAGACAUCUAACUAUUGCUUUGGUAUUUGAAGAUUUUUGCUAUACUCCUUAUUCAUUAAACACCAGUUACAUUUCUAACAAAUUGAGUUUCAAAAUCUUGUUUUCUUCAAAAGUUUUAUUUAAAAUUUUGCAAAGAAAUUGCUAGAAGCUUAUUAAUUAUCAGUGAAAUAUUUGUAAAACCUUCUUCCUUUCCUUCACAGUUAUUCUUUGCAAUAUUUUUCAACUAUCUUGGGAACACUUUUGGAAAGCCAUAAUUUACAAGUCUCUUACACUAACACUAAAUUAAGAAACAUUAGCCUAAAAAUAUUUUCUUUUUUUAAAAUAAAGAACCAUUAUUCAUAUGGUUCAGAUUUUGGAAUUUUAUUGAUUCAAUGUUUGCUCUGAAUCAAGAUAACUCUUCAUUUCUUCACCAGGUAUAUAAAUUUAAAAAACACAUUCCCUCAGAUUUUGUACCAGUAGAAAGAAAUAUUCUAGUGGAGCUUCCCAAAUGUAAAUAUGUUUGCCUUUUUCACAUCUAAAUUUAUUGUGUUUAAGAGUAUUAAAAUUUGUAAAUACAUUGAU